GGCUCAUAUCAUGGUACCCAUCGUCUUGGUCCUGCUCUAUGCGCUGGCGCACCUUCGGCUAGUCAUCGCACAGGCGACGAGCAAUUACGUGAUUUUUGGCGGGACUCAGGCAGUUGUCCGGACUCGUCUUGAUCCCAUUGUGAACCCUGGCACUUAUGGGACUCACGUCCACGACGUCUUUGGUGGAAGCGGGUUUUCUGAUAAUUAUGACUACAACCAGCUCAUCCAAAGCACAUGCACUACCAUGGAAAUAACCGAGGAUUUCAGCAAUUAUUGGGUGCCGUCGAUGUUCUACGUCGAUCCGAACAAUGGGUCCUACACCCUCAUGGAGAGCACUAUGAAUAUCUAUUAUCUCAUACGCCCCGGUCCCAAUAAUGACAAGAUACAGCCGUUUCCCCAGGGCCUCAAGAUGUUGGCUGGCGACAACACUAGGGGUACCUACAACGCGUCGAGUGAAGAAGAUCAGGCAAUUAGCUACAUGUGUCUGGACUAUUCAAACAAUCACGCUAACGACCCCGACUGGGCUCAACGCCCGAAUUUUUUUGAUCACCAGUGUCCAGAUGGUCUACGCGCACAGGCUUUCUUCCCUUCCUGCUGGGAUGGCCAGAAUCUCGACAGCGAGGACCACAAGUCCCACAUGUCGUACCCCAUCGGCGCAUACAACGACGGCUACUGCCCGGACACACACCCGGUGCAUCUCAUCUCGCUCUUCUACGAGCUGUUCGCGCCCGUCGGCGACUUCCCAUAUAACGGGCCGGGGACGUGGUCAUUCUCGAAUGGGGACACGAACGGCUACCGCUUCCAUGGAGACUUCCAGAUGGGCUGGAAGGACAUGAGCCUGCUACAGCAGUUCAUCGACGCGUGCCCGGCUGCGCAGGGAAACGUCGCAGACUGCCCUGCGCUUGCUGCGGUGAUGGAUACCACGGCCGCGUCUGCGUGCCAGUUCGGCGGGCAGAUCGUCAACGAGGAUAUCGGCGACGUCAGCCCCAUCGCCGCGCUCCCUGGGUGCAAUCUGCCGUGGGACGGGAACGGCACGAUGCCCACGUGCAGCGGAGAUGACAACCCCGGGUUCGUCGAUGCGAUCAUGCCUUUGCCGUCGGGAUGGAUCGAUAUGGGCUGUAUCGCGGAGGGCACCAGUGGACGUGCUCUUACCAACGUCACUUUUACCGGCAAUAAUAUGACCAAGGCCGUCUGUAGUGCGAUGUGCGCAAACGAGGCCCUACCAUAUGCGGGCGUGGAAGAUGGAAACCAAUGCUUCUGUGGAGAGACACUCAUGAACGGUGCUGUAUCUUCGACUGUCCCGCAGGAACAGUGCUAUAGUCGGUGUUCAGGCAAUGUCUUCGAGACAUGUGGCGGCCAGCAGAAGCUCGAGCUCCUGCACAACCCCAAUCCAACUCCAGUAACCUUGCCGUUGACCGCACCUACGACGAUCCCAUCCACUAAUGGAAGCAGCUCAUCCACGCCUUCGUCUCCGUCUCCGUCUCCUUCGCCCGGCUCGUCCGGCUCAACUGGCAGUAUCCAGUGGGUCAAUAGCAGCUGCAAUAAGGACGGCAGCAGCCGCGCAUUGACAGGGUAUACCUUCGCCUCCGACCAGAUGUCGCCGUCGCUGUGCCAAGCAGCAUGUGCGGCGAAGGGCUUCAUAAUCGCUGGCCUGGAGUACGGAGCGGAAUGCUACUGCGGGAAUUCCUUCGCGAACAACCUCGGCAGCACCCUUUCCGCAAGCUCGUGUUCCAUGCCGUGCACCGGCGACGCGUCCACUAAGUGCGGCGGCAGCUGGGCGCUCAGCGUCUUCAAGAGCGCCAACACGACCAGCGCACAUGCGCGCAAGCGUGCUCAGCGGCGCGCUCACUGAUGAGGAAGCUCAUCUGCCGGUAUUUCUUUCUUUUGUGGCAGGGUCGUAAAUUAUUCUUCGGGAUGUCCGGGCCUGCUGGCGAGCUCGCUGAGUAACAUUAUGAUUAUUUUAUGACAUCGUUCCUCUUGCGAAGGGAUGCUUGCGCACAGCAUGAGGAAUAGGCUACUCACACCGCCUCUCCACGUAGCAAUAGGCGUUCGGGCUCAAAUAGUCUACGAAGUAGGUUCUUAGGCUACUGCUUGAUGGCGCAGGCGUCUAGUGAUUUGGAAGAAUAUGCAUGCAACUCAUUUUUGGUGAUACUU